CAGCAAGACUAACAAGCAAAGUUUUUGUAGUUCUGGUAUAUUCCUUAAUUUUCCGGUAAAAAGAAAAACAAAGCAAAAGAUGUCCACUGAUGAGGAUUCAUUGGGCAGUCCCCUGUUGCCGAGCACACCGACUCCGCCGCCUCAACUGCCAGUUGAACGGACUGGCAAAAGCGGUCGUCAUAUACCCGAUCUACUCAGACAUCAGCAUAGCUUCGAGGCACGCUACAGUAGUCUCAUACAGAAGCAAAUCUGGGAGAAUAGCAUUAAUAAGGAUGUCCUAGAGAGACAAUUAAAUGCCUAUUUCCCAUUUAGUCGCAGUGCCUCAUUGAACAAAGAGACUGCGGAUGGGUUCAAUCAAAUGAAACUCUCAGCGGCAACCGCAGCAGUGGCAGCAGCUUCAUCCUCAUCAUCAUCACCAUCAACAUCGGCUCCAGGAAGUUCAUUAAAAACUAAAUCAUCGGUGGGUACAACGUCGAAAAAGCGUCUAGAGAAAAUGGAUAGAAAGUGUCUAGAAAAAUUGGAGACCAUCGAUGUGGCUGAUCAGGAGGUACAGGCAAAGAAAAAAUCACUGUAAGGAAGCAGUUGAACAGGGAAAAGUCCUAAAUAUUAUUAACAGAAAACUCUGCAUUGAGUGAAAAGUGAA